AUGUCCUACUAUUCAGAGGUGGACCCUCUGUUGCCCAACGAUAAACAGGCCCCUGAGAUUCAAGGCUCCCGACCUCAAAGCUUCAAAAAUGUGAAUGCCUCAGAAGCCGAACUUGGCGAGGCCAGGGGACCCGGCGAUGACGAGCACGCGAGAACUGCGUUCAAUGAUAUUCUGGUUCUAUUCCUCGGAUUAUGUUUCUUCCUUACACUUGCGUUUGUAUUCGUUCCGGACGAUGUUCUUGAUGGAUGGCAGCCGGGUCCCCAGACAGUCGAGCAGAGAGUAAACAAGAUCCUGACCGACACCCCACUCAUCGACGGCCAUAAUGACCUUGCAAUUUUGAUCACUUUUUUGACUCAGAAUCAGAUAUAUGAUGACAAAUUCAAAAAGCCCUUCGAGGAUGGGGGGCUGGCUCAGCAUGUAGACCUGCCCCGAUUGAAGAAGGGUAUGGUUGGAGGCGCAUUCUGGAGUGCAUUUACGCCAUGUCCGGACGAACGUUAUCCUGAUCCCGUCAAGUUCACACUCACUCAAAUCGACCUCCUCACACGCCUCCAACAAGCCUACCCAACCCAUUUCUCCGAACCACCAAACAGCACUACAGCACUCACAUACUUCAAUCAGGGCCAAAUGGUCUCCCCCAUCGCCAUCGAGGGCCUCCACCAAAUCGGGGACUCCAUCUCGAACCUGCGACUCCUCUACAAACUUGGUGUCCGCUAUGCAACGCUCACCCACAAUUGCCACAAUCCAUACGCUGACGCUGCCAUCGUUGAACUUCCCGACGGCACUUCUGGUGUUGGUAAGCCCCGCUGGGGCGGCGUCUCACCCGCGGGACGAGAAGCAGUCAAGGAGAUGAACCGCCUAGGCAUGAUCGUCGACCUGGCGCACGUUAGCCCAGCCACGAUGCGCGAUGUUCUCGGCGCCUCUGGCAAUUGGGAAGGCAGCGCUGCUCCGAUUAUUUACAGUCAUUCAUCUGCGCAUGCAAUUUGCCCUCACCCUAGGAACGUUCAGGACGACAUCCUCAAGUUAGUGAAGAAGAAGAAUGGUGUAGUGAUGGUGAACUUCGCUCCAGAUUUUGUAUCAUGUAUCGCCAACCCUGAGAACAGAACCGGCAUGCCCGAUUUCUAUCCUCGGAAUAACACGCUAAGCCAUGUUGUAAGCCAUAUCAUGCAUAUUGGGGAGCUGAUCGGGUAUGACCAUGCUGGGCUUGGCAGUGAUUUUGACGGGAUCCCGAAUACGCCUGUGGGGCUAGAAGAUGUGUCCAAGUUCCCGGACUUGGUGGCAGAGAUGUUGAGACGUGGGGUCAGCGAUAAGGAUGCGGCGAAGGUGGUAGGUGGGAACAUUUUGAGGGUUUGGAAAGAUGUUGAUGAUAUUGCUUUGAAGAUGCAGAAGGCUGGCGUGAAGCCGGUGGAGGAUAAGUUUAAGUUGGGAGGCUUCAGUGGUUUAUCUACGUGA